AUGUGCCGCGUCGUACUGCUCGACCAGGCCCAGUACGUCGAUCAUCAGUUGGGAGCGGGGAUCCCAAGUAUCUUAGGACGGGGGAUAGCCGCGCCACCGGACAAGGUAACUCGUCCGACGUCCGUUCACGUCGCGUUGGUUCAACAGCUGCUCAACCAGAUAGCGCUGUCCACCGCGAGAAGCUUCUUUGAUCGCGUAACGCAAGGGUUACGCGGUGAUCUCGAACAUGAGCGGGACAGGCGUCUCCAACUGGCGGACGCUGUUUCGAAGCGUCGAGCUGAGUUUGCCUUUGCUCAGCUUGCGAACGAGAGAGCUUUGACGUCGCUGCGUGACGAGCUAAGGGUAGCUCGUGGGAUUGUUGAUCGGUCUCGGGAUGAGAUAGCUGCUCUUCAGACCCUUGUUGAUGCCCACCAUCUGGAGCACAAGGCUCUCUGCGAGAUGCUUGAGCGCAAGGGCGUUCUUCAUCGGAAGAAGCAGCGUACUGAUGGUACGGCUUAA